UUGCAUAUCGGCGUAGAAAACUACGGACGAAUAGACCCGUCCACCGGAUUGUCCACUCGGCUAGGCGAUUUCCUGGGAUCCCUGGAUGAGGUGGUGGAGUUUGCCCUGACCCAGGGCGUUGACCUGGUGCUGCUGGCCGGGGACGCCUACAAGGGCAGGGAUCCGUCGCAAACGCACCAGCGGGAGUUUGCCAGUCGGCUCUUUCGGAUCGCGUCGGCCGGCAUACCCGUAUUUCUGCUGGUGGGAAACCACGACCUGCCCAACGCCGGCAGUCGUGCCAAUGCCGUGGAGAUCUUCCCCACUCUGCAGGUGCCCAACGUGAUUAUCGGCGACAACCUUCAGACUUAUCUCGUCCAGACCCCGGUCGGGCCCCUGCAGGUAGUGGCAGUGCCCUGGCCUCGCCGGGGCCGCCUGCUCACCCGCGAAGAGUCCCGGGGAUUGACCAUCGACGAGGUCCGUGCCGAGAUUGAAAGCCGUAUGACCCAGGCCAUAGGAAAAAGAGUCAGCGAAUUGGACCCAGGCAUUCCGGCUAUUUUGACGGGCCACGUAACAAUCAAUGGCUCCACCGUCGGCACCGAGCGGUCCAUGAUGCUGGGCAACGACCACGUGCUGCUGGCCAGUGCCGUUCAUCGCCCCGAACUGGAAUACGUUGCGCUGGGCCACAUUCACAAGCACCAGGUUCUGCGGCGGGAAUCGCCCAUCGUGGCCUAUUCGGGCAGCUUGCAGCGGGUGGACUUCUCGGAAGAGGCCGACGAAAAGGGUUUCUGCGUCGUUGAACUGGACCCAGCCGCGCUCCAGGGGCAGCGACUGGUGGACUUUCAAUUCCAGCCAGUCAACGCCCGGCGCUUCGUGACAGUUGACGUUACCAUUGCCCCCGGGGAGCCUGACCCCGCUGCCGCCGUCCUCAGAGCCAUUGCCCGACAUGAGGUAACCGAUGCCGUGGUGCGGGUAAGGAUACGGCUGCCCGCUGAAGCGGAACCUUUGUUGAGAGAAGGCGCCAUCCGGGAGGCGUUGCACUCUGCCCAUUACAUAGCUGCCGUGAGCCGGGAGGUUGAAGGAACCCGACGCACCCGUCUGUCCAGCGGUGAGUCGGAAGGUCUGCAACCCCUUCAGGCUUUGCGGAUUUACCUGGAAGGCCGCGACGCCGACCCCCAAAGGGCAGAGAGAGUGAUGCAGUACGCCGAGGAACUUAUUGCGGAGGUGGAGACAGGCGAACCGCCCGCUGGGUUGUCAUAA